GGAUCCCAAACCCCAAAAGCAAAUCUUAGAGUCACCUCUCUCUCUUGCCCAACCAGGUUUUACUGCAAUUUAUGUAGACAUGGAUUGGCUAUUUCAGAAUGUUGCUGAGUAUUCUAUUCCUAUGACAUCACUUGUUGCCAAUAUCACAGCUAGAACUUGCUUUGGCCCAUUUAGGCCAAUCUGUGACUGUUAAUUGCUCCUUGUCAAUGUUGAAUCGUAAUCAGCUGGUGCAGGCAGCACAACUAGCAGAACAAUGUGGCAGAUACAAGGACAUGGUCAGUGCUAUGAAGCAGCUUGUGAUGGAAGAAAAAAAAACCUUAACCCACAAGGAAAAGACUCUGCUUUCUGAGGCCUAUAAGUUUCUAAUACAGGAGUGUUGCUGUUCUUGGCGAAAGCUGAAGCAUUCAGUGGAGCAGGGAGUUGGAAAGCAGAAGGAACAAGCCCAAGUGUAUCGUGACUCUAUAAAGGAGGAGUUGGAAGCACAGUGCUGGGAGAUUCUUAGCCUAUUAGAUCAUGUACUACUAAAGCAUUGUGACGAGGCAGAUUAUGAAAGCCAAGCCUUUUAUCUGAAGAUGAAAGGGGACAACUAUCGUUACUUAGCCGAAGUGGCCCUUCCUGCUGUUAAGGAUACACUAGUAAAAUCUGCAGAGAAAGCCUACACAGAAGCUCAGGAGAUUACUCAGUGGCACAUGGAACCUACUCAUCCUUUAGCUUUGGCUGUUGCUCUGAAUUUUGCAAUACUUUAUUAUGAAGUUCUCAAUAACCCACAGCAGGCAACAAAACUAGCUAAAUCUGCCUUUGACAAGGCCAUUGAUGUCUUGGAGACUCUCAGUCUGGAGUUCUAUAAGGAAUCCACAGUGAUAUUGCAACACCUGAGAGACAACAUUGUGCAGUGGACUGGUGUUCAACAACAGGAGGGCGAAAGAGAAGAGAGCUAA